AUGGACAAGAAAAAUGCUAUUCGGAGGGCAAAGAGGCCCUCGAAGGCGUUGGAAGAAAAUUAUUGGGAUUGUAGUGUCUGCACAUACAGAAAUAACGCGGAGGCCUUCAAAUGUUCAAUGUGCGACGUCAGAAAAGGCACGUCCACCCGCAAGCCGCGCAUCAACCCCGCGCUGGUGGCCGCCCAGGCGGCCGGCACCGCGCCCACCAGCUCACAGAAGCGCCCCAGGUCCGCGAACUCGCACAAGAAGAAGCGCCGCCACCCGCCGCGGCUCAGCAACGUCGACAGAAGCUCCGCGCAGACCAGAGAGGUUACUGUCAGCGGUGUGACAGUGGUGAUAACGGAGUAUAAACCCAAGAAGUCCGUCUCCAGCAGCUCCAGCGACGUGGAGUCUUCGAACGACGCUCGAACC